AUGGCGAAGAACAAGAAAGGUCGCCGCAAUAAACCAGCUUGCCACUCUGUAAAGGAUAAGGAUAGGCUCACCACUCUGCCUAAUGACGUUCUUCUCAACAUUCUUGAGCGGCUGGACACGGCUGAUGACAUCAGAGCUUGCACCCUUUGCAAAAGGAUGACUAAGCUCCCUGCCGAGCUCUCCCGCAUUGUUGUUGAUGCCAAUUCCUUCACGCCCAAUAAGAUUGCACCCGAUCUUUUGACACUGAGUGAUGUGGUUCAGAUGAAUGAGGCUUUAGCUGGUGCAACAGAGAAAUUACUCAACUUCAGGAGUCAACAGAUCGCCCUUCGCCAACUUAGCUUGCGAUUCUACUUGAGAUACUAUGAUUGCCUCACCAUCGGCAAAGCUGUGCAACACGCCAUGUCCACCUACAACCUCGAGACUCUUGAGUUCACAAUCCUAACCGAGAAGCAAGGAGGCUGUUGCGAAGAAACUCACAUGCUCUGCUUUGGCAAGCAGUUCAGAACUUUUCUAGCUGCUUUUCCAGAUGCGUUUGCUGGCCUCACACGCCUGCAGCUACAACACUUGCAUUUCGCUGAACCUGACAUCCCCAACCUGCUCACCACAUGUAAACAGUUGAAGCAUCUGCGUUUGUUCUCUUGUCUCAACCAAGAUGACCCGGCCGUGCUGCGGAUAGAGCACCCGCAACUUGUUGAGCUUGACAUCAACUAUGGGGAUUUUGAGUUUGUUGAGCUCAAGUGCCUACCAAAGCUUAGACAUAUGGCCUAUGUUCAUUGGGACUGUCACGGGGACCCCUUGUCUUUUGGGGAUAUUUGGGUUCGUCCAGAAUGCCCAAAGCUACUAGGGCCUGUGUUCCACAAGCUGCAGCGUGUGAGUCUCGUUGAUGUUCCUGAAGGAUGCAACAUUGAUUGGACAAUGUUCAUUCUUGAAGCUGCACCCUCCCUAAAGGAGAUAUGCAUUACAAUAUGGGAUCGUUGGUGCAACAUGAAAACUGAAGAGGACAGGAGGGAGGAGGGUUAUGGUGACAAAACAGUUGUAGAUUGGGAAUCAUCUGCACCUGAUGGUUUCAGGCACGAGAACCUAUCUAAGGUCACCAUCUAUGGCUUCCAACCCGACGACAACUUGGUGGGAUUCGUUAGGCGUGUGAUGGAAGUGGCAGUUAAUCUAGAGGAGGUAUCCCUAUAUGACAGGAAGGUCUGUGAGAAUUGCGGUGAUCUGGAUCCUAAGAUCAAGAUGAAGGUUUCCCCGUCAAGAUAUCCGUGUACGAUGGAGAAGAGGGAGUUGCUCAAGAAUCAGAUUAUUGCAGAGGGAUUGGGAAUCGGCUGCCCGGAUGUCAUUCAUUUCCGGUCUUAG